AUGAUGAAUUCAGUUGAUUCAGCAUUUUACGCAUCAGCAAUUCAACAAACUUCAUUUGAGUCAAGCUAUAACAAUCAUAUUAAUGCCAGUGAUAAAAGUCAGAGUGUAGAAGGGGAAAAGUUAUCGAUGACUUCCGAUAAAAUAAAACUAUAUAAAAACAAAUGUAAAAUGUUAACCGAUCAAAACGAACUACUUAGAAGAAGGUGCAAUACGUUAGAGAAUGAGGUAAAUAAUAUGCUCAGAGUUGGAAAAAACAUUGAAUUGAAUGAAGUGAAGAUGAAAUACGAGAACGAAGUUAUCCCAGCAUUGAAAAGUAAAUUACAACAAGUACAGACAUCGGCAGACAUCAUGGGUAGCUGCAUGUCAUCCCAUACAAAGUUAACAAAUUCAUCAAACGUAAAGAAGAAGCCAUACGCACCAAAGAAGCGUACCAAGAAAAAACGAGGUAGUUCAAAAUCUGGUAAAGGAAGAAAGAAAUCAAAGGAAAAGAAUGACGUCAAACCUCAAAAUGGAACGAUGGAAAAAGAAAAUGGAUCAAGUGAAAGUAUUGAUAGCUUAUCAAAUAAAACAAGCCAGGGCAGUGGGAGUUGUGAUACGAGUUUAUCAAGCGUGUUCAAUACUUCGCCUACGAGCAGCCAUAAGAACAAUACUGAAAGUCAGCAGGAGCCUAACAAUGCAGAUGAUUUUAACAGAAAUAUAAUAAAGCAUCUUAGAGGGGAAAGUGAAUCAAGUAGUUCUUCUUAUGAUUCUACAUGCUCUUCUUUGAGUACCAUCUACAGUGAAGAUGAGUUAGCAGAGAGAAUAAACCAACCAAAAAUAUCACCCAAACAACCUGAUAAAUCAGAACCGCAUGAUGAGGGAAAUGAUAAGCAGACUGAUGUCAAAGAACCUGAAGAGGCUGAUGUCAAAGAACCUGAAGAGCACAACGAGGGAGGUGACAAAUCAGAACCUCUUGAUGACCAAACGAGUGACGGGAAUGAUAAGCAGGCUGAUGUCAAAGUACCUGAAGAGGAUGAAGAGGGAGAUGACAAAUCAGAACAUCUUGAUGACCAAAGGAGUGAGGGGAAUGAUAAGGAAGCUGAUGUCAAAGAACCUGAAGAAGACAAAGAGGGGGGUGACAAAUCAGAACCUCUUGAGGACCAAACAAGUGAGGGGAAUGAUAAGCAGGCUGAUGUCAAAGAACAUGAAGAAGAUAAAGAGGGAGGUGACAAAUCAGAACCUCUUGAUGACCAAAGGAAACCUGAAGGGGAUAAAGAAGAAGAUGACAAAUCAGAACCUCUGGAUGACCAAACAUGUGAGGGGAAUGAUAAGCAGACUGAUGUCAAAGAACCUGAAGAGGACAAAGAGGGAGGUGACAAAUCAGAACCUCUUGAUGACCGAACAAGUGAGGGGAAUGAUAAGCAGGCUGAUGUAAAAGAACCUGAAGAGGACAAAGAGGAGGGGAAUGAUAAGCAGACUGAUGUCAAAGAACCUGAAGGGGAUAAAGAAGGAGAUGACAAAUCAGAACCUCUGGAUGACCAAACAAGUGAAGGGAAUGAUAAGCAGGCUGAUGUCAAAGAACCUGAAGAGGACAAAGAGGGAGGUGACAAAUCAGAACCUCUCGAUGACCAAACAAGUGAAGGGAAUGAUCAGCAGACUGAUGUCAAAGAACCUGAAGAGGACAAAGAGGGAGGUGACAAAUCAGAACCUCUUGAUGACCGAACAAGUGAGGGGAAUGAUAAGCAGGCUGAUGUAAAAGAAACUGAAGAGGAUAGAGAGAGAUGUGACAAAUCCGAACCUCAUGGUGACCAAACAAGUGAGGGGAAUGAUAAGCAGGCUGAUGUCAAAAAACCUGAAGAGAAUAAAGAGGGAGGUGACAAAUCAGAACCUCUUGAUGACCGAACAAGUGAGGGGAAUGAUAAGCAGACUGAUGUCAAAGAACCUGAAGAAGAUAAAGAGGGAGGAGAUGAAUCAGAACCUCUUGAUGACCAAACAAGUGAGGGGAGCAAUAAGCAGGUUGAUGUCAAAGAACCUGAAGAGGAUAAAGAGGGAGGUGACAAAUCAGAACCUCUGGAUGAUCAAACGAGUGAGGGGAAUGAUAAGCAGGCUGAUGUCAAAGAACCUGAAGAGGAUAAAGAGGGAGGAGAUGAAUCAGAACCUCUUGAUGACCAAACAUGUGAGGGUAGCGAUAAGCAGGCUGAUGUCAAAGAACCUGAAAAAGAUAAAGAGGGAGGAGAUGAAUCAGAACCUCUUGAUGACCAAACAAGUGAGGGGAGCGAUAAGCAGGUUGAUGUCAAAGAACCUGAAGAGGAUAAAGAGGGAGGUGACAAAUCAGAACCUCUUGAUGACCAAACAAGUGAGGGUAGCGAUAAGCAGGCUGAUGUCAAAGAACCUGAAAAAGAUAAAGAGGGAGGAGAUGAAUCAGAACCUCUUGAUGACCAAACAAGUGAGGGGAGCGAUAAGCAGGUUGAUGUCAAAGAACCUGAAGAGGAUAAAGAGGGGGGUGACAAAUCAGAACUUCUGGAUGACCAAACGAAACCUGAAAAGGAUAAAGAAAGAAAAGAUGAAUCAGAACCUCUUGAUGACCAAACAAGUGAGGAUAAUGAUAAGAAGAAUGAUGUCAAGGAACUUGAAGAGGAUAAAGAGGAAGGUGACUAUUCGGAACUUUUCGAUGACCAAACAAGUGAGGAGAUUGAUAAGCAGGCUGAUGUUAAAAAACCUUCAGAGGAUAAAGAGGGAGGUGACAAUUCAGAACCUCUUGAUGAACAAACAUGUGAAGAUAAUGAUAAGCAGACCAGUGUCAAAGAACCUGAAGAUGAUAAAGAAGGACCUGGUUUAGAUUCGUAUAAACUAGAUAAUGAUGUUCAUGACGAGACCAAAUCAAAAAAUAGUGGUGAUACAGAUAAUGAUGACAUAUCCAAGUCAAUUGAAUCAAAGUCAUCUAUGAAUGACAAAAACGUGUACGUUCUUCUAGAUGAAGAAAUAAAACCAGAGUCCUCCAGUGAAUACACAGUGAUGUCCAUUGAUGAUAACAAUGGGGAAGGUACAAUUAGCAAGCCUGAACAUGAAUAUUCUGACCCACAUAACGAAAUUGAUGUUAAGAUGAAUGAUGAAUACAGUGAUAACAAAGAUAGCCAUAAUGUUUCUGUGCCAAGGGUGGAUGAAACUACAAUUGAAACUACCAUAGAAAACAAUUAUGUUGCAAGUGAAACUGACGCAACUUACACAGCAUCUGGUGUCAAGACACAAAUGGAUUUACUAGUACAGGAAAUGAGUCUCUCAGAUAAUGACUUACUAAAAGAAAUAACAGUAGAUUUGACGUCCAGUGCGAAUAGUAGUGAAGUUCAGACAAAAAGCAAUGUGGUACAUGAAGAUAACAUGAUAAAAUCAGUUGAUUCAACAUUACACGCAUCAGCAAGUCAGCAAACUUCAUUUGCGCCAACUGAUAACAAUCCUAUUAAUUCCAUUGCUGGAAAUCAUGUAGCAGAUAAAAUUAAAGUAUUUGAAGACAAAUCUACAAUGUUGACCGAGGAAAACACACUACUUAGAAAAAGAUGCAAUGAUUUACGCGAAGAAAUAAAACACCUGUUUGUUGAUAAAAACAUUGAAUUGGAUGAAGUGAAAAAGAAAUACGAGAACAAAGUUAUUCCUGCAUUAAACAAUGAAAUACAUCACAUAAAGGUGGAAAACGAAAAGAAAAAUCGACGUAUUGAUGAAUUACAAGAGUUUCUAAAGCGUCAUGAUAACCUGAAGGGAGGGUAUACUACAUUAAAUGAAAUCAUACAACAGGAGAUUGAGUACAAGAGUAAAAGAAUGUCGGAACUCGAAUCAAGGGUGAUGGAGCUUGAAUCCAUGCUUCGACGCGAUGCUGCAAGUGUUGAUGAGAAAACUAUUGAACGUAAAGAUAUUUAG